AAGUCGGAGACUCUGAGGUAACGGUUAGCCACCGCUCGCUGCUAAUGCGAUAAAACUGACUCUCAGCUGCAAAAGUGAGGAAAACAUUCACAUACCGUUAAAGUCAGUUGGAUAAUUGAACAUAUUAUGAACCUCCGUAUCCGAGGGUCGUGAUGCAGAGCUUUAACAACAGAGUCGGAGUUGAAUUUGUGGACGGAUCAGACGCUGAAGACAACAAAGCUGGCGGAGCGGCGGCCGGGCUGUGGGGCGUCGUCGCGGCCGUGGUGACGCUGCUGUCCCUGCUGCUCCUCCUGGCCACCUUCCCCCUCACCGUGUGGACCUGCGUCAAGGUCGUCCAGGAGUAUGAGAGGGCCGUCGUCUUCCGCCUGGGCCGCGUCGUUAAGGGACGAGCAAAAGGACCCGGUCUCUUCUGGGUCAUUCCCUGGCUGGACGUCAUCCAGAAAGUGGAUCUGCGAACUGUGUCCUUUAACAUCCCUCCACAAGAGGUCCUGACUGCCGAUUGGGUGCCAUUAAAGGUCGAUGGUGUCAUGUUUUACCGGGUGGUGGACCCGUCCCUCUGGGUGAUGCGGGUGGCCAAUGGCCCCCUGGCCACACACACUCUGGCCCAGACGACCCUGAGGGCCACGCUGGGCGCACACACACUCGUUGACAUCCUGACACAGAGGAAGAGCAUCGCACAGAGGAUGGAGGAGGUUCUGUAUGCGGCGUCCAGGGUGUGGGGCGUGCAGGUGGAGCGGGUGGAGCUUAAAGAAAUGACGCUGCCCCUCGGCCUGCAGCGCUGCAUGGCUGCCGAGGCUGAGGCUGUCAGGGAGGCCAGGGCCAAGAUGAUUGUGGCAGACGGGGAAGUGAAGGCGUCCCAUGCCCUGAAAGAGGCGGCAUCAGGAUUUUCCCCCGUGGCUCUCCAGCUGCGCUACCUGCAGUCGAUGUCCUCCGUCUCGAAUGUGGCCUCGUCCACCCUGGUCUUCCCCUGUCCCACAGAGCUGCUGCACGCCUUCACCUAGCUCCUCACCUGGAGGUCUCUGCUGGGGCGAGGAAGGUAGACUGUAAGGUGUGUAAAGAUGACAACAAAUAAAACAAAAAAACUAAAAAGGGAACAAAAAAAACACCAAACCCCCCUGUACCAACACUUGUUUAUUGUUGCAUUUGUCAUUUGCCAAACAAAGUGCCGCUCUUAUUUACAUCCUUUAUUAAAGUCACUGUGCUUGAAUAUGCUGUUUUUGUUAAACUGUUAAGAUGAAGGCGAUUUGAGGAGGGGAUGAGGAGGGGAUGCCGUCCAUCUUGUUAGCAAAAUGACCAAAAUGCAUCCCCUCGUUAACCUCCCCUCGUUAACCUGUCCUCGUUAACCUCCCCUCGUUAACCUGUCCUCGUUAAGAUCCUCUCUGUGCUGUGUGUUGAUGAAUCCAUGGUGCUGUCCGUGGUGCUGAAGACGCAGACGGAUUUGUAAUUGCACCUUUUUCUCUCAGUCCAGCCCCUCUGUCACUUUUGUCUCGGGUCUAUAAUAUUCUCCAAACUAUUUACUAUAGAAACUCAGUUCUAUAUUAUAUUGUAGCCUAUAUACAUUAUAGAGCAGCGUCAUCUGCAUACAGACACACUGCUGCCUGUCGUAUUCCUAUAAUAUUCCUGUAAUAUUUCUAUAAUCAUUCAGUACUAUCUGCGCUGCUGAAAAUACACCCCACACCAAGCCGCUGCUAUAACAACAUAUUUUUAGGGGAGACGUGACUACAGAUCUAGUUUUUACUAGAGAUGUUUGGUGUAACCUGGGAGUGGAGCAGGUCAUGUGACCGAGGAAAUUAACCUGAAGCUCGCUCAGUUGCUGUCGUUAGAAAAUUCAAGAUGAAGUUUAUACCGUCAAACGCUCUCAUGUGAAACUUGAGCGUUAUGAAAGAAGUCCACAUCCAGUAAAAGAACAGGACUGUACAAAAUAUGUUUUAGCCUAAUAGCAGUUCUAUACAAACUUAUUCUUUAUUCACAGAGUCCACUCCCUUUGCUGGUGAUAUCAGGGGUGCAAAUAUUUCAUGUUUAUUUUUAAGUAUUUCUCAGGUUUUUCUGAGGUGACUUUUUUCUGACAUUCACUACCUUUAACCGGUUGUAUUAGGCUUUAAUGUUCUCUUUUCUAUUUUGCACAAUGUUGCACAAUGUCCUUUGGGGGGUGGACAUGGGUGGUGGUUAGGGAGUGGGACGGUGCUCCCACUGGGCAAACACCCCCCCUGUUAAAAAAAAUAACAAAUCACCUGCUGCUGUUAAGAAUACCUCAUUAUGUCAAAUGCUGGCAUUUCAGUUCAUGUACGGUGUCUUUUGUAUUUAUUUUCUAUGUCAUUGUUGUAACUUCACACAGUUGCUCUUGGUCAAUUUUGUGCAAAUUUUUGAAUAUACCGUAUAAUUGCAUAUUACAUGUUAAAUUACACUGUUAAUAAAUGAGACAUGUA